AAGAUGAAUGCCUCCUUUAAGCACAAGCACAAAACAGGUCCUCAUCUCAUGUGCAUACCCAUAUAUAUACAUAAUAUAUAUACAUAUGUAUAAGUACAAAUAUUAAUGUAUAAAUAAUUACUUCUCUUCUGCUCCCUCUCUUUCAUUUCUUCCUCUUUAAGCCCAAAAAGCCUUUUUUUCUUUCCCUUACUUUGAUGUUUUCUUGGAAUUUCUGGGAACUGGGUAUGAGUUUGGGCAUGUGAAAAUUCAUAGGCUUGAAUUUUGGGAUAUUUCUGUUUUUGGGUACUUCUCAAUUUUCCUUUAUUUUGUACUUACCAUAAAUUGGAUGUAGUAUAUAUUUAUAUAUGAGCUGAAUACUGUGAAGGGGAGAAAAGAAAAAGAAAAACCAAAAAAAAAAAAUGAAUCUGGGUGGUGGUCAAGUGGGAAAGGGGAUGUCGGCUACGUGCUCAAACGCUUCUUGGAAGUCCGGUGAUGCGGUCUCCGACAAGUUUCCGGCGGGUCUCCGGGUGCUGGUUGUGGAUGAUGACCCCACUUGCCUCAAGAUCUUGGAGAAGAUGCUUAGGACCUGCCUCUAUGAAGUAACCAAGUGCAAUAGGGCAGAGCUUGCUCUAUCUUAUCUUCGGGAAAAUAAGAAUGGCUUCGAUAUCGUUAUAAGUGAUGUCCAUAUGCCAGACAUGGACGGUUUCAAACUUCUUGAGCAUGUCGGUCUUGAGAUGGACCUGCCUGUUAUUAUGAUGUCAGCUGACGAUAGCAAGAAUGUUGUGAUGAAGGGUGUCACGCACGGCGCAUGUGAUUAUCUGAUCAAACCGGUCCGUAUCGAGGCACUGAAAAACAUAUGGCAACAUGUGGUUCGCAAAAGGAAGCACGAGUGGAAGGAUAAGGAUCCCGAGCAAUCAGGGAGUGCAGAUGAAGGCGAUCGGCCUCAAAAACCAUCAGACGAUGCUGAUUACUCGUCUUCAGUAAAUGAAGAGAAUUGGAAAAACUCCAAGAAAAGGAAGGACGAGGAAGAUGAAGCGGAGGAAAGGGAUGAUACAUCCACUUUAAAGAAGCCACGCGUGGUUUGGUCGGUGGAGCUCCACCAGCAAUUUGUCGCAGCAGUAAAUCAAUUAGGAAUCGACAAGGCUGUCCCGAAAAAAAUUCUGGAAUUGAUGAAUGUUCCUGGGCUUACGAGAGAGAAUGUUGCUAGCCACCUUCAGAAAUAUCGUCUUUAUCUAAGGAGGUUGAGUGGUCAGGGGGGACUGGGUAAUUCUUUUAUGGGGCAUCCGGAAUCGCCCUUCGGGUCUAUGUCUUCGCUCAAUGGGCUUGAUCUCCAAGCGCUAGCCGCCUCGGGUCAAAUAUCUGCACAGAGUCUUGCUACAUUCCAGGCGGCGGCACUGGGCAGUUCUGUCACUAAAUCAGCAAUAUCAAUGCCCCUAGUAGAUCAAAGAAACCUAUUUAGCUUCGAAAAUCCAAAGUCGAGAUUUGGUGGUGAUGGACCGCCUCAACUUGGCAAUAGUAGUAAGCAAAUUGGUUUGCUUCAUGGAAUCCCGACAACGAUGGAGCCAAAGCAGCUUGCAAGCUUGCACCAAUCUUCUCCGACUUUCGGUGGUAUGAGUAUGCAAUUGAACUCGCAGGUGCACCAAAAUAACCCUCUGCUAAUGCAGAUGUCACAACCCCAGCCCCGGGCUCAAAUGGUAAGCGAUCCAAAUGGCAGUCAAGCUUCACGGCUGCCGUUAUCAGUGCCACAGCCCAUUUUGUCGAGUGCAAUGGCGGGUGGAGUCCUCGGAGGGAAUAGUAUCGUUGACAAUUCAUGUAGUGCCAUUCACAGUUCCGUUUCCCAUGCCCCAUCAACGGUGGCUUUCUCUGUAAACCAGGGCACCGAGUUGCAAACUAAUAGCUAUACUACUAGCAAUUCCGGAGUGUCGUCUCUAACAUCUAGAGGAAUGCUCCGAGAACAGGCUAAUCCCGAUGUCAAAGGAUCGAGAGGAUUUGUUCCCAGUUAUGAUAUAUUUAACGAUCUCCAUCAGCAUAAAGCACAGGAUUGGGGUUUACAAAACGUUGGAUCCACUUUUGAUCCCCCUCCUCAUCAUUCAAAUUUACAAGGAAUCCUCGACCCCCCACCCUCAGUUAUGGCUCAACACGGGUUUUCCUCUAACCAAAAGAGUGGACAGAACAGAAACGCACCCAUCAACAAGGACGUUUUCUUAAGCGGGGAACAAACCGGGCAUGGAAACAACCCGAUGCUCGGUCCACAAUUCAACUCACUACUCGGUGGAAAUCCCGUCACAAUCAAGACCGAGAGACUCCCCGAUACGAGCUUUCAGAACACGCUUUUCUCAGACCAAUAUGGCCAGGAAGACCUAAUGAGUGCCCUUCUCAAACAGCAAGAUAGCCUUGGGCCAGUCGAGAACGAGUUUGGCUUCGAUGGAUACCAAUUGGAUAAUCUUCCAGUGUAGGAUGUUUCUACUGUCUCUAGCUUGCAUUAUAUGGAUAUAUGGUUGCAGUUACUGGUGUACAUAGUUGCACUUACACCCGAAAAAAAAAAAAAACUUAUUUGAUGUUGGAUACUGGCCUCACCUUGCUGUCCCGUCUUCUUUGUUAGUUUACACCCCACCAUGCCGAUCCAUUCUAGAACAAACAUCUCACUCGAGCCAAAAUAAUGGAUGGAUGAAGGAGAAGGAGAAGUGUGUACUAUACUGCUGAACUAUCUGCAAAAGGAAUACUCGCAAAAGUUUUGACUGCUCUAGGUAGGUGUGAUUGUAGGGAGAUCGGUUCAUAUAUAAGUGCUCGUGAAGUAUCAGAUUCGUGGCGCAAAGUCUUCUUCGGUGGGUAGAAAAAAAAGGUUCCUAGUUUUCAUGAACAUGAGUCACUUUCCCCCCUAACAUUAUUAACUCAAUUUAUCAUCAUCAUCCUUAUUUUCAUGAUUUGGCCUUGAUGACUUGAUGUACAGAAGAACUUAUUUGAUUGCUCAACACAAGUCUUUGACAUUCUUUCUUCACUUUGCUCUAUACUUCCAAGAUUGUUUGAAAA